AUGUACCCCAUCUGGGUUGCUUUGGACGAGACCGGACGAAGUAUCGAGGAGAACUGUGCUCACUACACAAGUGCACCCGUCGCUCCAACUUUAAAUGGAUUCCUCUCCACCGCUGCCGGCCGAGUAUCUCAUCAUCGAAUGUUUGACGAGGACACAAGGCGACUACAAAUCACUUCGAGACUUGCGUAUCCGCCACGUAUGAGGUGA